UCAAAUAUAGUUGUCCUUGUCGUUGACCAUGGUGACUCCCAGCCCUAAAGCCUCUGCUGGCGAUAUUGCUACCUUCAACGUACUCCAUGGAUUCCCGGAAGCGCUUGUUCGUGGUAUGCGUUCCAGCUUUCUAUCAGAUGCUGAUUAUCACCAUCUUACGCAGUGCGAAACGUUAGACGAUGUGCGUUUGAACCUAACAGAGUCUGAUUAUUCGGAUGCACUUGCGGAUUCUGCGACGAUGACCCCCGCUUCUCUUCAGAAGGCAGCUAUUGAAAAGCUCGUUACAGAGUUUCAGUACCUGCGCUCCCAGUCUGUCGAGCCGCUAUCGACAUUUUUGGACUUUAUUACGUUCGAAUAUAUGAUUGAAAAUGUUAUGCUUUUGUUAAAGGGUGCCUUGAGCGGCCGUGAUAUUAACGAGCUAAUUGAACAGUGCCACCCGCUCGGUAUGUUCAAGGAAAGUACUAUGCGUAGUAUUCCAACCUUUGAAAACAGUUCGAGAGGUUACGCUGAUUUGUACCAGACGGUGCUUGUUGAUACCCCCGUUGGUCCCUACUUUGCCAUGUUUUUGCAGGAAAGUUCGGAACACCGUGAUGGAGACUCUCGAAACGUUCUGGAAGAAGUUGAGAUCGAGAUUAUAAAGUCUUCGCUAAUCAAGUAUUGGUUAGAAGACUUUUAUCAGUUUGCCAUGAAAAUCGGAGGAGAUACAUCGCAAAUUAUGGGCGAGCUGUUGAAAGUUCGUGCUGAUACCAAUGCCAUUAACAUAACGUUGAACUCCUUUGGGACUCCUCUAAACGAGCCUUCGAUGCGCUCUUCGGACCGCAAAAGGUUGUAUCCUUCUGUUGGUCAUCUGUACCCCGCUGGCACUACCAUGCUGAUUGAUGUUCAGGAUGAGGAUGAACUUGGUCGUGUUCUUGAAUUGUUUCCGCAGUACUCUGCUAUAUGGAGCAUUCACGCGUCUGGCAACGGCGAUAAGAGCAUUGAUGAUGCCUUUUACGAGCGCGAUGUCCAGCAGCUAGAGCUCGCCUUUGAAAGUCAGUUUCACUACGCCGUCUUCUACGCGUACGUGAAGCUGAAGGAGCAAGAAAUCCGAAACAUGGUGUGGGUCUCUGAAUGCAUUCUUCAGCAGCAGAAGGAUGAGAUUAAUAAGUUCGUCCCAGUAUUUUCUUAUCAUUCUCCCUGGCGCGAUGGCAAGAAGCGAUAAUUCUGUUGCUUUCAGCUGAUACAUUUUUAUUGAUAGUGAAUGAUAACGAAUUGCAGGUAUAAGACUCAAACCUUUUUACGACGGUU